UAUUAGCAUUAUUCAUUAUUUCUUUAAACCGAACAAUAGUGAAAUUAAUAUUAUUUUCUCAUUCGGCGUUUCGGUGUCUACCAAAUAACCAGGAUGCAGUUCAAAUGGAUCCCUUUAGUCAUAUGCAGCAUAGCAUUAGCUAAUUCGCAAGACAUAAAGAGUGUCUGCACCUUCGCGCACGAUAAGCUCACCUACCUUUGUUCAGGAAUCAAGGGCACAUUUCCAUCAAUGUUUUACGGCGCAUACAACAUCAAAUGUGCAGGAUGCGAGAUUCCAGUGUUUCGAUCGGGAACGUUUCCUACGUCCGCCGAUGUCCCUUCGUUCAAUCUGUCAAGCAGCGGCAUCCAAAAUAUUACAAGCAACGCCUUUAGCAUGCUGACCAAACUGCGCUAUCUCUACUUACAGAACAACAAUAUCUCUGGAAUCGAACCGGGAGCGUUCAGAGGCUUAACACAAAUAAACGAGUUAAAUCUGGAGCACAACGCGUUAACACACAUAACUCCAGGAGUUUUUGAUGGAUUGAAAGCCCUUGCUGUACACUUAAGCCACAAUAACAUUGUGGAAAUUCCUGGAGGCGCAUUUGAACAGGUUGAUCAAAUAACAACAUUUAAUUUGUCAUUCAGUAACAUUGCAAUAUUGCACAAGGAUUCGCUUAAAGGACUCUCGACUAUGGAAAUUUUAGACCUGCAGUUCAACAAAAUAUGCUACAUACCGUUGGGGAUGUUUCAAUAUAAUGAUCUGCUGAAAGGCUUGGACUUGAAAGGGAAUAAGCUGCGUAACUUUUUGCCUGGAACCUUUUCAGGCCUGAAACGAUUAUUAACGAUAAAUCUCGCCAACAACGAAUUUUCCGAAAUGGACCCGUCGCUUUUGCUACCCAUGGCAUCAAUCUACUAUUUGGAUAUAUCUAGAAAUAAUCUGUUUUAUUUAGACGCCCAGGCUCUACGCCAAGCCGCUCCUACGCUGAAAGUGAUAAUACUAAAGGAUAACAUAUGGGAUUGCGCGGUGCUAACGAAUUUGGUUAAGUUCUUUAAAACCGUUGGUAUUGACACAUUCGGAACGGGGGAGGGGUGGUAUGACGUCACUAAUAUCAAUGGAAUAAUGUGUUCGAUGGGCCAUGUGAACUAUGCAAUGCCGUUUGACCUUUAUAUAAAGAAAGUCAAAGCUGACAGUGAGAAAAGCGUUAAUUAUUGUUAAUUUACAUAUAUAGCAUAUAACACCACAGAAGAUGCUUUCGAAAGGCGAGAGGGCGCUUUCUUCUAUUUUCUGAGCAAUGUCUUUUUUUAAACUUUCAAAUAAAAAUAAGAACGCAGCCUUA